GUAUAUAAGCCGCGUCUCACGAUGUCUCGUCAGUCUCUGGUACACCGCAACAACAACAACCAACUAUACAAGAUGAAUGGACAUCUAGUCAUCGCUCUUGCCGUCGGCGCUGCCGUCGUGGCCCUAACAGACAGCACUAUUCUGUUGGCCGGCACAGGAGUCACGGUGAGCGGCGGGCCUGGCAGCCGGCGCCGCAGUUGUGGGCGCCCUGGCUGUGGAGCCGCUGCUGUAGCACUAGCGCGCCGCGGCAAGAGAGAAGUCGCGUCCUGCCUUCCCUUCGGUAACCCGGAGCUCUACUUCUCCAUGGCUGCUAACUCAGACUUCCUGGACUGUGGUCGCCGCUUUGUGUGCGAACUGGAGGCCACUGCUGAUGGUAACCUGAGUGAGGAAGAGAUUCUCAUCCGCAACUUCUUUGGGAGGAGAAACUCCGCUGUCAACGGACUGCCGGAACUUUCUUCACUAAGGCCGGCAGCGUCGGUGCCAUCAACGGCGUCGCUGCCUGUGCCAUAUCUCCACCUGUCCCUUUGACAGGAAGACCAUCUUCUUGGCAUUCAAGGAAGCACAGAAGGCUCAGUAAAUCUAUAAGUUUUCCCUUCACCGGGUCUGACGCCCAUAGACCCACGAGGACUAGGUAGUUCGGGCGUUAGUGCCACCUAUAGCGGCCGCGACAAGACCAGAGCCAGGUGUGUCGCGGCUCAACAUGAUCUCCAGCGUGUGGCAGUCUUACUGCGUCUACUGUAUCUAUCAUUAUUGAAUAAAUAUUUUGAUAACA